AUGAGCUCCGAGGUCGGGGCCGCCGCGGGGCCUCGCAGCCCGGCCUCGAUGAGCCAGGCGCCGCCGCAGCAGCCGCCAGCCCUGGAGGCGCCCAGCAACGGCGGCGCCUCGACGGCGUCGUCGUCGAAAGGCAAGAAAGGGAGCUCGGGCUUGCGGCGCCCGGAGAAGCCGCCCUACUCGUACAUCGCGCUGAUCGUGAUGGCCAUCCAGAGCUCGCCGGCCAAGCGGCUGACGCUGAGCGAGAUCUACCAGUUCCUGCAGGCGCGCUUCCCCUUCUUCCGCGGCGCCUACCAGGGCUGGAAGAACUCGGUGCGCCACAACCUCUCGCACGAGUGCUUCAUCAAGCUGCCCAAGGGCUUGGGCCGCCCCGGCAAGGGCCACUACUGGACCAUCGACCCGGCCAGCGAGUUCAUGUUCGAGGAGGGCUCCUUCCGACGCCGCCCGCGGGGCUUCCGACGGAAAUGCCAGGCCCUCAAGCCCACCAUGUACCGCAUGAUGAACGGGCUGGGCUUCCUGCCGCAGGGCUUCGACUUCCAGCCGGCCCCCGCCGCCCCCCUGGGCUGCCACCCCAACGGCUACGGCCCCCUCGAGGUGAUGCAGGCCGGCGCCUACGAGGCCGCCCACCACGUCCCCCACAUGUCGCCCAGCCCGGGCUCCAGCUACAUGGCCAGCUGUCCCGUCCCCGCCAACGGCGCGCCGCUACGGGGGCCCCGACAGCAGCAGCAGCCCGUGCCCUCCUCGCCCGCCCUGGCCAGCGCCAUCGAGUGCCAUUCGCCCUACGGCAGCCCCGCCGCACACUGGGCCUCCCCCGCCGCAGCCUCGCCCUACCUCAAGCAGCAGAGCCUCCCGCCGCCCCCGCCGCCGCCCGCCCCCCUCCAGGCCGGAGUCGCCUCCUACUCGCUCGAACAGAGCUACCUGCACCACCAGAGCGGCAGGGAAGACCUUCCAGUGGGGCUGCCUCGCUACCAGCAUCACCCGUCGCCGGUGUGCGACAGGAAGGACUUCGUGCUCAACUUCAACGGCAUCUCGUCCUUCCACCCGUCGGCCGGCGGCUCCUACUACCACCCGCACCACCACCAGAGCGUCUGCCAGGACAUCAAGCCCUGCGUGAUGUGA